AUGUAAUGAAUGUGGCACUCAGAAAGACUGAUGAUGAAGAAUGAUGAUCGUCAAACAUCUGUAUUAUCAUUUGUUUUGAGGACCGCACCUCUUGGUGCUAAGACUUUUGCCGUCAGGACCUUAGUGAAGGUUUCAAAAGUCUGGCCCAAGUACUGAUCAAUGUUAGGUCAACUUUUGGCCGCGUACCUGUCGACUCGGUCCUGCCCCACGCAUACCUUCCCUUUCCUCCUUCUCCCAAUUUACGAUUUUUACGAUUCUGAUUCCAUUAUCGAUAUUGCUUAACGAUUCGAUUCUUUAUCGAUUCACUUAUCGAUUCUAAUUUUGGGAAAAAGAAGAACAAACGUUUUGAUUGGCAUCAAGUUUGUUUAAUCAGAAGUCACAACCUUACAAACUCACAACAAAGUCAAAAGCGGCCCAAAGCCUCAAUGUUAACUGUGGCAAUAAGUGGCAAAUGCACAAGAAUGUGUAACAUUUUACUGAAAUAUUUUUCUAAAUUAAAAAAUAUUGGUAUAUAUUGGCAUAUAGGCCGUUGUUCUGCCUUUGGCAAUAUGUGUUAGUUAAAGUGUAUUAUUUACCAUUAUAUUGAAAUGCAUGCCUUUUAGUUUUUAUGGUGCUUUCACGCUCAAGUGAACGCCCUUGUGCUUCCUCACGCAAAGAACGCACUCACGUGAAGAAGAGCGCGCUUACACGCGAAGAAGAAAUGCCGUUACAAAGCAUCCAAGCGAGUUAGUGAGAGAGGGAAACACUACUACGAGCCUCCGUUCUUUGUCAAUGUUCGUAAAAUAUCUACAGAGGCAACGCCUGUAUGUGUCAUCUUUUGUGUUGUUGUUGUGUGUUUCCACACUUAAAUCCAGUUGUGUAGUGGUUUGAACGAUGUGCUAAUGCUAGCGAACGCAUGCUAACAAUUUGUGUUAUUACUGUAUUAGCAGCUAAUCAUCGCUGAUUUACGUUGAUGCAAACCUAUUUGUUAAUGGGGACGAAAUUGAUUAGUUUCAUUUCUAUUUUUAGUUUCACUCUUCAAGUGAUGGUUGAAUAAAGUCAACAAAUUAUACCAACGUCUUCUGCAUCUUCAUUUGGGAGUUUAGCUAGCUGUAUAGCCAGGACUGAGCCUUAGCGUCUCGGUGAGGUCAGCGCAGUCGUAUUCCCUCCUGAUGCAGUUAUCUCCACCUUGCAAUGACUGCAAGUCGCUUUGUUGCAAUUUUUCCUGGUGAAGUUAAGACACACUUUUGAGCGUUUGAACCUACGUGCUGUCAUUGUUAUGUUUACGGCUGCAAUGCUCGUGCUAAACCAUCGUAACCUUUCAUUUUCACACUCUUUCCUGGUAAAGCGUAGCAAAACUUUGGAACGAGUGGGUCUUGGUGCCAUGCUAGUUUGAUGCGUCUGGACAAGAAGACACGUCACGACGCAAUAUGCGUCUUUAGGAAUCCUUAGCGGGAUCGUUAAGGCUUUUUCAUUGUGAUGUCGAGACACUAGGAACCAGUUCGGAAUUGGAAUCUGAUUUCGAUUCCCAUCCCUAUCCUGAUUUCUCACAAAUAAAACAUAAAAUUUCAGGUUUGUUUUGGGCUCGGGCCUGCAAAUCAAGUUAUUUGAUCGGGCUCGGUGCGGGUCGGGCUUUAAUACAAGCGGACCUGGGUCAGGUGGGGCUGGAUUUUUGUAGGUCCGAUGUUACCUUUAAGCCUAAGCAGCCAAAUUCAGAGCAUCCCCUAUUUAGUAUAGCUGGCACUUUAUAUAUGAAAUAAGUUAACAUGAAAUUCCUUUUUUGACCUGUUUGACCCAUGACCCCUUACUUUAAUCUCCUUUUCCGUUCCAUAUUAAAAAUAUGUCCUGCAAAUUUUAUAAUAACCCCUUUAUUUGCUCUUCAAUUAUCGUGAAAUUCCUUUUUUGACCUCUGUGACCUUUGACCUCAUUACCGUAAAAUUGAAUCACCUCUUUUGUUUAAUGAUACAAGCAACUUCUGCAAGUUUAAUAAUCAUUUAAUUUGUUCUGUAGUUAUCGUGAAAUUACAUUUCCGACCUCUGUGAGCUCGAAAUCUAAUCUGUGCCCUGCAAGUUUGAUAAAAAUCCCUUUUUUCAACCUGAAAUUAUCUUGAACACAAUCAUACAGACAUUCAUUCAUUCAUCUUCUGAACUGCUUAUCCUCACGAUGGUCGCGGAGUUGCUGGAGCCUAUCACAGCCAACAAUGGGCAGGAAGCAGGGUACUCCCUGAACUGAUUGCCAGCCAGUCACAGGGCACAUACAGACAAACAACCAUUCAGACACACUCACACCACACCCAUCAGUUUACCAUGCAUGAUUUAGGGAUGUAUGGGGAAGCUGGAGUACCCUGGGAAAACCCACGCAGGCACAGGGAGAACAUGCAAACUCACACAGGUAGGCUGGUGCCGAGAUUGAAUCCUCAAUCCCGGCACUGUGAGGCACACUUGCUAACCACUCUUCCACCGUGCGGCCUUCAUACAGACAAAAACAUACAAACCUCUGAGACCUUUGACCUCAUUACCCCAAAAUUUAAUCACCUGUUUCAUAAUACAAACAAAUCCUGCAAAUUUGAUAAUCCUUUUAUUCGUUCUUGAGUUAUAUUGAACACAAACAUUCAAACCUCUGUGACCUUUGACCUCAUUACACCAAAAUGUAAUCAUCUCUUCCGCUUCAUAUUACAAAUAUAUCCUGCAAGUUUAAUAAUAAUCCCUUUAUUCAUUCUUGAGUUACCUUGAACACAACCAUACAUACAGACAAACAAAGAAAUAAACAGGCAGACAGACAGACAGACAGACAAACAGUCAUACGGAACUCAAUAUAUAACCGCCGCUUCUGUAGGAUUCACCUACUGGCGUAGGUAAUAAACUGACACGAAAAUAAUAACCAACAGUUUGGAGAACAGGCAAGAAGGGGUUAAAUUACUUGGCGCUUGCCACCCGGAUGCAGUCGCUCACACGGGCCUGACAGCAUCUGGUGCCUCGAGUCGUUAAAUCCCAUCCUCAUCCCUGCAAAGCUUGACAUGCUGGAGUACCAGCCAAUUGUGACCCGUAGCUUUAUACUGUUUGUCCAAUCAAGUUGCCAAGGAGGCGGGCACUUGGGUUCCCCGCUCCCUUCGUAGCAUCCUUCCAGCAGCCAGUCUUUCGUGCCAAAGAAAGAGUGUCAAUAAAAAGAGAAUACAAAAGAGAGGGGCAACCGGUCCUCGGAGGCCAUAGGAGGAAGUGAGGGGGCUCUCACGGAAGCUGCCAGGACAGGUUACGUCGCUGUGGGACUUCUGUCCUGCAAGAAAAUGGCAGCUUUUCAUUGUAAACAGGCUGCGCGGGACCCGCAUUGCUAAAGGGAGGAGGGGCAGACAUUGAAGGAAAUGUCUCCUCUCCCAAUGAGAACUCAAGCAUGUCAUACACUUCAGAUUGAUAAUUAAAAGCAGACGGCAAGCAGAAAAAGGAGACAGAUGAUUGUAUGACCCCUUUUCUGAAAAGAUAAACUCGAAAAAAAGCACCAGAGCAAAGAAUUUAAUGCCAUGCAAUGCCAAUUAAAUGUGGAUGGAACAUGCGCCAAGACUUGUAGGCAGUAGGUAUUAAUAGAGCUUAUGGUGUGGGAGGAAGCCUGUCAGUUUGGCAUUUGAGGUUGCUUUAAAAAGCACAUUUCCUCCACAGUUACAGUUUGGGCGUUGCGUAUUCUCAAGAUUUGCAUCUGAGUUUCAUACUGAUGCUUCCACCCGUGUGCCUUUUGCUGCCCACAUCCUGAGCUCGACACCUACCAACCACAUCCUCGUUGGCACUACAGUAUACUGUACUUUCUACAUGUGUCGACAUCAAGGUCAUACUGUUUUUUUGUUUUGUUUUUUUUACUCAAACAUUUAUCACUUUGUUCAACGUUUUGUUUACUCCUGCUUGGGUCUCGGUCUCAUACCGACUGAUCACAAGACCAAGGCUUCUUCAGUUUUUGCGUGAAGACAACUACAUCAGCAAUGAGACAACGCACACAAUAUAAAUACAUUUUUACAACGUCCAGUUGAAACAGCUGACCAUGGCCCUGUCUGAUACCAAAACAAUGUCAACUUUACUAUCCCCAAACACCACCGCUGUUCCGCUGCUGACCUCUUCGAGCACAAUAAGGGACAAUGUCACAACCAGGACGACACUCAUGACUGUUACCGUCCCGGCCAACGAGAGCAACAUCUACAAUACCACCGCAUUCUCAGAGGUGGUGAUGGAGGGCUCGGGGAUGGGAAUGGUGCUCGUGCCCUUUGGCAUAAUCACUGUCCUCGGCUUGGCGCUCACUUUAAUGCUGUACAUUCGGAAAAGGAAGCGUUUGGAGAAGCUGAGGCACCAGCUGAUGCCGAUGUACAACUUCGACCCUGCCGAAGAACAAGACGACCUGCUGGAACAGGAACUGCUGGACCACGGCCGGGAUGGCACACUUGCCGGUCCCAAUGCCAAGACUCUACGAACCUCGCAGGGGACCACCCAGAGACCCAGUCGCCUGGUCUUCACAGAUGUAGCCAAAGCUCUCAAUGCUUAACGGAAGCUCUUCCAUUUGUGUUUCACUUUCUGGAUUCCUUUUCAAUAACGGAAGGUCACUCAAGAGGGCAAAUUAAUUGGGAAGAAAGAAAGAAAUGCGUUUGGUGACAAAAUUAUGCUUUAUCGCUAUGGAUUUGAAAUGGUUUCGUCUGCAUGCGAAGCAUCACUUUCACGAACUUAAAUCACUCGGCGCACACAUGCGGUCACUUUGUGUAACUGUUGUUUCAUUAUUUCCGUUCUUUUAUUGUAAUAUUGUGUGUAACACUGGCUGUUAUCAUUCAACUUUAAAGGAACCCUUUUGUGUCUUCCUCGCUGACUAUUUGGGGAAUUGUUACUUUACUAUACAUUAAAACUGUUCCAACUCCUUUUAAAA